CAUAGGGGAGCUUCCCUGCGCGUAAAGAGUGAGUAAGAAACAAAGCGCCGAAACGUGCCGGCGAACUCGUGCCACUUCCUAUAAAAACUCACUGACAUGAGGGAGGGCUGAACAUUUGUCUGUGCUAACAAAUCCGGACAGGAUUGAUAAACUGGAUACACAAAGGCUGGCACAAAUCCCACAUAACGGUUUAUCUGCGGACUGUUUGCUCAGAAGUGUGUGUGCAUAAGGAGGAAAAGGCAGCUCAGUGUGAGACGCUUCAACCUGUGAUCUGAAGAGUUCCUGUACUUUACUUCUGAAUAUCUGCUACCAAGCUGCAAAAGAUGGAGCGCAUGCAAGAUGAAAAGCCGAAGAAGAAGGUCACCGCUUACCUUCUCUACUGCGUUUCAACAGCAGUCAUCGGCUCACUACAGUUUGGCUACAACACCGGGGUCAUCAAUGCACCCGAGCAGAAACUGCGUAGUUUUUUCCAGAAUGUGUCUAUGACGAGGUACGAGGAGCCUUUCAGCGAGGAUGCCGAAACCAUGGUGUGGAGCUUUGCUGUGGCCAUCUUCAGUGUGGGAGGCAUGAUCGGGUCUUUCUCUGUCGGAGCCAUGGUCAACAAAUUUGGCAGGCGUAAGUCUAUGCUGUUUAAUAAUAUCCUGGCUCUCAUUGGUGGGGGUCUGAUGGGACUGUCGGCUGUGAGUCAGUCUUUCGAGAUGGUAAUCAUUGGCCGGUUUGUCAUCGGCGUGUUCUGCGGUCUGUGCACGGGACUGACACCCAUGUACGUGGGUGAAAUCUCUCCCACUGCUGUCCGAGGAGCCUUCGGGACACUGCACCAGCUGGGUGUCGUUAUUGGCAUCCUGGUGGCACAGAUCUUCGGUCUUGAGGCUCUGCUCGGCUCAGACACUCUGUGGCCUCUGCUGCUGGCUCUGACCAUCCUGCCUGCCAUACUGCAGAGCGUCCUGUUGCUCUUCUGCCCCGAAAGCCCCCGCUACCUGCUCAUCGUCCUCAACCAGGAAGAGGACGCAAGAAAGGCCCUGGUGCGUCUUCGCGACUCUGAGGAUGUGAGUGAUGAUAUCCAGGAGAUGAAGGAGGAAGGGAUGAGGAUGAGCAUGGAGAAGAAAGUGACCAUCCUCGAACUCUUCCGCUCCCCAAACUACCGUCAACCAAUCAUCAUUGCUAUAGUCCUCCAGCUCUCUCAGCAGCUGUCUGGCAUCAACGCUGUGUUUUACUACUCCACAGGUAUAUUUAAAAAAGCUGGUGUUACCCAACCCAUCUACGCCACCAUAGGAGCUGGAGCUGUCAACACUGUCUUUACUGUUGUCUCUCUCUUCCUGGUUGAACGCGCUGGGCGAAGGACGCUGCACUUGAUUGGUCUGGCUGGAAUGGCUAUCUUUGCCCUCAUUAUGACCAUCUCCCUGUCUUUGGUGGCAACCACCCCGUCUAUGAGCUACCUGGCUAUCGUGGCUGUGUUCGGCUUUGUUGCCAGUUUUGAGAUGGGUCCAGGUCCCAUCCCCUGGUUCAUCGUGGCUGAGCUCUUCUCCCAGGGGCCUCGACCUGCUGCCAUGGCCGUCUCUGGGUUCUCCAACUGGACCGCCAACUUCCUGGUGGGGCUGGGUUUCCCUAAACUGGCGGAUCUUUGUGGUCCGUACGUCUUCAUCAUCUUCACAGUCCUCCUCAUCCUAUUCUUCAUCUUCACCUUCCUGCGAGUGCCUGAGACCAGAGGCAGGACCUUUGACGACAUUGCACAGGGAUUCGCUGCCAGCACAGGGAAGCCCUCCAUGGGGCCAGAGGCUGGCCUGACAGAAGGCAAAGAAUCUGUCCCCACGUCUCCCACAGACAAGGUUCCCAUGGUGGAUCUUCCAUAGGAAAAACGAAGACAGACUUAGGGUUCAUCACAGACAAACAGGUCUCAAACACAUAGAUAUUAUAAGGAGUUAUAUGUCGUAACACACAAAUGAUGAAAGAGCAGCAGGGUGUGUGAAGAAAAAAAGACAACGAAAUACAGUGUUAAAAGAUUCCCCGGUUACACGUGUUUAAAUAAUUGACAGAAUUCCAUGUAAUCCUGCUUUAAACAUGGUCCAAACUUAACUGAAUUACCAGUACUUAAUAUCUGUUGACAUUCCUACUGCCAGCUCCACACAUACUGCCAUAUAAGAGGAUCAACAUAUGUUCAGUAUUAAGUCCCAUGUCUUCAGCUACCCCCAGUGUUAAAAGGUUGUAGGAUUUGGGGGAGGUUUAUGUAUUGAGGUCAAGCUUGAAAAGCUGGUUUUGGAGUGUGGUAGUUUGACCCAAAAAAAAAAAAAAAAAGACUGACUUGCUGUCCUGUCUGCCUGAUGUGCCUUGCUGCCAGGGGGACGGAGCCAUGCUGUCUUCAGUAGACAGAAUAAACAUAGAGGUGCUACAGCAGCCCCUCUCUCCUUCAGGUGCACAGAAAAGCACUUAAAAUAAAUAUAUUUAAGCAAGUGGAAGAUAAGAAAUAUUCUUUUCAUCCUGUGGCACAACGUCUCCUGAGAGUAGAGGAUGUUUGUGUGUCGUUUGAAGUCGGCAGAUAAAAAAACAGGCCAGUUCCGUCAAUUACUAUUGUCUGCAUCGUGUUUAUUGUUUGUAUGAGAGUGAGGUAUAGUCUAGCACUGCCAGGCCUUAAAAAAGUCUCUGUAUAGGCUUUCUGUGCUUAAAAACAAAACCUAACCUCUUGUGAUUUCAUUGCAGAGUACAGCCAGGAUGUUGUAGUGCAGUCGUUUACAGUAUGCAUUGCAGCAGUUGGAUACAAAAACUCAGGUGGCAACUUGUAUUAUACUCAGCUCCUGACUGUGGCAUAGAAAAUACAUUUUUUUUAUCACUGUACUUGAAAUUCUGUUGACGUCAGUAGGUAGCAGCAACCUCUGCAUCACAGAUCAUGAAAUAAAAUAUCUUAGACUCUCUUAAAUAGUGUUAUAUCUAGAGAUGCUCUGAUACCAUUUUAUCCCUCCGGAUACCAAUUUCAAUACUUGAAGUCGCGUAUCGGCAGAUAUCAAGCACCAAUCCGAUACCAAUACAUUGGAAAAACAAAAAGUUAGUAGUAAUUUUGUAUGGAUGUGAAAUACAACAAAUGGAUGCCAUAAAACUUUCUUUUAUCCAAUGUGAAUUGCCAAAUUCCUGACAUUUUGCCAGUGGCUAACAUUACUUUUUUUUUAUGGAAAUUAAUUCCAAUUCACUGCUCUAAAACAGUAGUACGGCACAACUUGUAGGCUACUGUUUUAGAGCAGUGAAGAAGAAUUGAUUUCCGGUAAAAGUGCUGUUUUAUCCAAGUGCGACACCACUUUAAAGUUUAUUACAUGGUAUCAGGUAUGGUUGCUGCCAUAUACUGAUUCAAAAGUUGACAGCUAUCAUACUGUGUACAUUUGGUUACCUACGAUACUGAAAGAAAUGCAACAGGACGGAGCGUCUCCCCUUUAUUGUAGUUAUUUUCUGAGGGGAGACUUCUUACACAUACUUCCAUUAACACAAUGGUUUUUGAUUUUCAAUUAUACUAAUAAAACGUUUGUUCAACCAACAAUAAUCCUCCCAUUUUCAUUCCUUUAAGGGUCAUUCUGACUGAUAUUGUGUAAUACCGUACUACCAUGACAGCGCAAUAUGUUCUGAGACAGUUACCGCACUGUGAAAAUCUCAUACCAUUGCAACGCUACUAUCCAGUCGGUGCAUAGGCUUGCAUACUUGCCAAUACCCGGUCCAGCAUUUUAGGCAGUAUUGAAGGCAUAUCCAACACUGGUAUCGGUAUCAGAACAACUCUAGUUAGAUCAGCUCAAAAGCCCUUGUCAGUGUUACACAGUUGUUUGAGGGAUGUAUUGACACACACUCAAGUCUACUGAUAAUUAAUCAACGCCACAUUAUCUCAGUUGAAACAACAUCUUAGCCACGUGUGAUAGUGAUGGAUAAAAACACUAACUGAAUUGUAUUUAUGUUUGAUGCACAAAACAUGUCUGAAAUUGUGUAUAUAUUGUAGAAUCUCCAGUUAGAGCUUCACGAUCAAAUAUUGCAGAACAUUAUACAUGCUUAUAUAUGUCUUGUCAGUGUUUGUACAGUUUCAUCUUCCCACCGUGAGGAAGCACUUUUCAGUGUUUGAGCUUAGCAGUAAUUCCAUUUGCACUUUGGCAGUCAGACUUCUUUCUAAUGUUUAUAUUGUGUGUGGUUCUUUGUAAAUAUACUGUACAAGUCAGGAUGCGUAUGGUGUUUGGCUGUUUGUGCCUCAUAAUCCUGUUAAUGUUACAUCCACUGAUUUUUUUCUUGCACUGUUACUGAAUGUUACUUUGAUGCUUAACGAUAAACGGAAGGGGGAAGUGACAACGGUUGAGUGUGUGUGAGAGUCAUGUAAGAGAUGACCUUUACUGUUUUUCUGUCACAAUGUCCUCUCGUCUCCUGCUGUAAUAAUAUGAGUGACAGUUGCAUUGAGAAGCUCAAAAGGAAAUAAAGUUGUCCGUCUUUUAA